UCAUGCAUGGAUCUUUGACGAAAGAGAGUGCCCUGAAUCCUGAUCACUUCCAUCUGCAUUCCACCAACACGACAUAUACCACAUGGCUGCUGAAUACGAACUCUUCGAACCCCCAAACGAUGCUAUCUCCUCGGUCGUGUUCCAUCCCUCGAAGCCCGAGAUCUUGAUGGUCUCGUCCUGGGACAAGAGUGUAGCGUUAUAUGAUAUCGUAAAGAACCAGCAGACUGCGAAAUACAACCAUGAAGCUCCCGUACUCGACUGUUGUUUCGGAGAGGGCAUGGAGGCAUACAGCGGAGGAUUGGACAGGACGGUCAGGAUGCACGACUUUGCAACGGGAAAAGAUAUUGUUCUGGGAUCGCACGAUGAUGCCGUGCGUGCCAUGGCUUUCAGCACCGCCAACAACUUCCUGGUGACAGGGUCAUGGGACAAGACGAUCGGGACGUGGGACCAUCGAGCUGGUGGAGUGGAGCACGGCCAUAACCUCGGGAAAUACAACCAACCGGAGAAGAUUUUCUCUCUCGAUGUCUGCGAUCAAAAGCUCGUUGUCGCCAUGGCAGGACGACACGUUUUCAUCUACGACCUCCGGAACAUGAAGGAAACUCUUCAACGUCGGGAGAGUUCGUUGAAGUACCAGACGAGAAUGGUGAGGUGUAUGCGGGAUGGGUUGGGGUAUGCAUCCUCGUCGAUCGAGGGAAGGGUCGCGGUCGAGUUCUUUGAUCCGUCCGCGGAGAGCCAGGCGAAGAAAUAUGCGUUCAAGUGUCAUCGAAAGACGAUCGAUGGCGUCGAGACGAUUUAUCCGGUCAACGCGUUGGCGUAUCACCCCAUUCAUGGAACAUUCGCAUCUGGUGGAGCCGAUGGCGUGGUGACACUAUGGGAUGGAUUUAACAAGAAGCGGCUACGACAGUACAACCCGUACCCGACCUCGAUCGCAUCAUUGUCGUGGUCCUGUGAUGGCAAGACAUUGGCCGUGGCGAGUUCAUACACGUUUGAAGAAGGCGAGAAGGAUCAUGCGCCGGAUCAGGUCUUCUUGCGGUCAAUAGCGGAUCAAGAAGCCAGGCCCAAGACCUUGCCCCCAUCUUCUGCAUCUUCUGCGGCAGUAGCGGGAUUGAGCAUGUAAGCAAGGGGCUCAUUGAAUGCAUUGUAAAGGCAUUAGGUUUCGCCUCGAUGUUUGAUGGUUCCGAAAUAAAGCAUACGAAGCUUUGUUUGAUGCACUUUGCAAAAAAACUUAAUAAUGUACAAUACCAUGAAAUGCGAAAAGAUGUGAGGGCAAUAUAAGAUAGAAGUCAUGCCAAAAAAAUAUUAAAUAGUUCUUGAUAGUCGACAGCUUGGUAUAGUUUUUUUUUUUUUUUUUUUUUUUUUUUUUUUUUUUUU